AUGUCCGCUACUAUUCUUGGUGUCUCCGAUACGGUCAAUGAUCCCGCGGUACGUUCCAUCUUUCAUUAACGUUUUGAAGUAAAAAUUGAGUUUCCAAACCAACUUUUACAGUACACCGCAGCUUUCGAGCACACGGCGAAAGUUUUCGAAGAAACCAUCAAGAUCUUUGACGAUGCUACGAACCCGAGUCGCGACGGAUGGAAGCUCAAAAGCGAACACAAGGAGGACAAAUGCUAUAACAAGCGGUUCCCACUCGGAAAAGUCUAUCACCUGAAGGCAGUUCCUGUUUUUGCUGAAUCUUUAUUAUUUCUCGUUUCAGAAAGAGUAUCAAGCCCCAGUUGAUCUCGUCUUCCAAGACCAUUGGAGUGACGUGAGUCGAAAAUCAAAAAAUUUUCAGUUGGAAAUAACAGACUUCAGGUUGAAAACACGGUGAACUGGAAUCCAAGCACUGACUACUUGAAACGGCUGGCGGUGAUCGGCAACCAGGCCGACGUUCUUCAGGUCUUUCUUUCGGUUCACCUCCGCCGAACAAGCAUUUCAGUACGCUUUGUCGGACGUUGCGGUUAUAAAAGGCAAGGACUUCAUUGUGUGUCGCAUGUACCGAAAGACCACCGACGGGUACAUCGUCGUCGCUUCCAGCUUCGACACCGAUCUCCCACCAGUUCCCAAAAAGACGCGGUCAGUUUUUUUUGUUGUUGUUCAUAGGCCGCACGCGUCAAAAUUCAAAUUUUGGAAGGUAUGGAAAGAUCUUAUGAAAACGGACUCCAUUAUGCGCGAAUCUCUUUUCUGACAUAAGCCUUGCAGAGCCACGGCGAACGUUGUGGCGGGAAAGUUCACGGGCCUCGGACCUCAGCUUUCGACCAUCGACUUCCUCGCAAGUGUUGAGCUAAACGACAAACUCAUUCCUGAAAACGUUAGUAAUCAAAAAUAAUUGAAGCAGAACACUAUUUUACAGCUCUUGAGCAAGAACAUAGCGGACAUUGUGAUCAAGGAUGCUCGUGCGGCACACAAACACAUUUCUUCAAAGUUCUCGCAUUAA